AUGGAAUCCACCGGAAAAGUGAAGAAAGGUUUCGGAGGAAGAAAGGGCGGUGGCCCAAAGAACAAAUCAGUUUCGAAGUCGAUCAAAGCCGGUCUCCAAUUCCCGGUGGGGAGAAUCACUCGUUUCCUGAAGAAAGGACGAUACGCCCAGAGGCUCGGUGGUGGAGCUCCGGUUUACAUGGCCGCCGUUCUCGAGUACCUCGCCGCCGAAGUUCUGGAGCUUGCUGGUAACGCCGCGAGAGACAACAAGAAAUCGAGGAUCAUUCCGAGGCAUCUUCUUCUCGCGAUCAGGAACGAUGAGGAAUUGGGGAAACUUCUCAGCGGCGUCACAAUCGCUCACGGUGGGCUUAGCUACGACACUAACGAACCUGUAUUGAAGAAUGAGUUUGAAAAGUACGGUCAAGUUUUACAUGUGAGAGUGAUAUGCGAUCACAUGAGCGGGAAAUCAAAAGGGUAUGGCUUUGUGGUAUUUGACUCAGAGGAAGCUGCUGCAAGUGCCUUAGCUUCCAUGAACAAUCAGUUACUCGAAGGCAGAAACAUCAGAGUCGAAUAUGCUCAACCUAAAGGAGGUUUACAUCAGAACCAGAAGUGA